GAAAAUGAGAAACAUCCAAAGCAAAACAAGUACCCAUUUUUUAUUUCAAUUUUUGUCUCUUGUAGUCAGUCAUCCAUGGAGUCUCCAAACAGCCACAUUAUUCCUCUCCUCCUCAUCUUUCUUCAUGUUUUCUGGUUCACUCCCAAAGCAUCUCAAGCUCUAACCAAGCAAACACCUUCCACAACCAACACAGUUUCAGCUCUUCUGGUGUUUGGAGACUCCACAGUCGACCCUGGAAAUAACAACUACGUACAGACACUUUUCAAGAGCAAUUUCCAGCCAUAUGGGAGAGAUUUUAUCAACCAAAGACCCACUGGCAGGUUCACCAAUGGCCGACUCAGCACUGACUAUAUUGCUUCAUAUAUGGGUAUCAAAGAAUUUGUACCUCCAUACCUGGACCCCAGUCUCAGCAUCAAGGAGAUGAUGACAGGAGUAAGCUUUGCCUCUGCUGGCUCUGGAUUUGAUCCACUUACAUCGGGGCUAAGUAAUGUCAUUCCCAUACAGAAACAAUUGGAAUAUUUCAAAGAGUACAAGAAAAGGCUAGAAUCGGCCAUUGGAAAGCAACAAGCUGAAAGUCACAUCGAGAAGGCCAUCUUCAUCAUUAGUGCUGGUACAAAUGACUUUGUUGUCAAUUAUUUUACCCUACCUGUUCGAAGAAAGACUUAUACCGUCUCCAACUACCAGCAAUUUAUCAUCCAGAAUCUAAAAGAUUUCGUACAGAGUUUAUGGGCCGAAGGGGCUCGAAGGUUCGGAGUUGUUGGGCUACCACCAAUGGGCUGCUUGCCAAUUGUGAUCACUCUUAACUCGGAGAAUGCUAUUCUCCGACGUGGUUGCAUCGAAUACUAUUCCUCUGUUGCAACAAACUAUAAUCAAAUCCUCCAAAGCCAAUUGCAUCUUAUGCAUAAUGCUUUAUCACUUUCUGGUGGUAGGAUCUAUUACAUCGAUGUUUAUGGACCGUUGAUGGAGAUGAUACAAGGCCAAACAAAUUUUGGUUUUGAUGAUGUUAAUAGUGGGUGCUGCGGAACUGGAUACUUGGAAGCAUCAUUCAUGUGUAAUCCAAAGUCAUUUGCGUGCCCAGAUGCUUCUAAAUAUGUAUUUUGGGAUUCAAUACACCCUACUCAAACCGCAUACUACAUUGUCUUUAAGGCUGUACGCCAUGUCCUUGACCUUCUCAUCAAAAAUUAAAAAAUCUUAAGGAUAUUCUGUUUAUUGUUUAUCUAAAGGAAAUAAUUACAGCAGACUUCUCUCUAUUCUAUUAUGUUUUCAAAUUUGUCUAUGUAAUAUGAGAGACUACAAAUUCACCAAAAAGUUAUAUAAUAGAGGAUAUAUGCUGUGUAUUAUAUAUGAUAAUAA